UUAGUAAAAAAUGUUAACUUCUUUAGUCUGACCCAGUUUUAAAAUGCGUUCGAAAAUUCCCACUUAAGGAAGGAGGACCCACAAGAGAAUCCUCAGAGAAGGGCCCGCUCGGUGGGCGGGGACUAAGUUGUCGUGACGUCACCCAGAACUGCGUCAUGAGGGGAGGGGCUGGCAGGCUAAAUGAAUGUGCCCGCGAAAGCGAUUUCAGUUCUCACUUCGGUCCGGAACCCGCUCAUAUAAAGGAAUUGCCUCUGCUUUGUCGGUGCUGUUUUGAAAGUUCUCUUAGCAGCUUUACCAUGUCUGGACGCGGCAAGGGCGGGAAGGGCCUUGGGAAAGGCGGCGCUAAGCGUCACCGCAAGGUUCUUCGCGAUAACAUCCAGGGCAUCACCAAGCCUGCCAUCCGUCGUCUGGCCCGGCGUGGAGGAGUUAAGCGCAUUUCUGGCCUCAUCUAUGAGGAGACCCGCGGGGUGUUGAAGGUGUUCCUGGAAAACGUGAUCCGCGAUGCGGUCACUUACACCGAGCAUGCCAAGCGCAAAACUGUCACCGCUAUGGAUGUGGUCUACGCGCUGAAACGCCAGGGCCGCACCCUCUACGGCUUUGGCGGUUAAGUUGCCGGUUUCCAGCGUUCUUAAUAUUUCCACCAAAGGCCCUUUUCAGGGCCGCC